UUCCUUGACUUGUCUCAAGCAUCAUGAUCACGCAUGUCUGUGAAGCUCUAUUUGUCUCCAGACUUUUAGAACCGAAGAGUGUGGUUCAAUCUCGAUGUGUCACGUCCAAUGUCGGCUUCAUGUCUGCGGAUAGUAAUCCGCUGGACCUCGGCUUGCUCCACGACUUCACUCCAACUUCUCCACAACCGACGUUCUCGGCCGUAUACUUGACUCGACAAUCUCACAUAAGAUCAGACGACAUCCACUAACAGCAAUAAUACAGUCCUCUCCGAGUAACGAAACAUUCCGUCACGGCCCAUCUACCACAGCGCCAAAGCCAGAAAUCCUCGUCAAUCCUCCACCAUGCCUCUCGAGAGAUAUCAAUAUUUGAGCAACGUCUGGAAGGAUGGUCUUUUUGACAACAAGGUCAUAUUCUGCACUGGUGGAGCGGGAUCGAUCUGCUCAGCGCAAGUUCGGGCUAUGGUUCACCUUGGUGCGAAUGCAUGCAUUGUUGGGCGCAACGUAGAGAAGACAGAGAAUAUGGCCAAAGAUAUUGCGACAGCACGAAAGGGGGCAAAGGUGAUCGGUAUCGGUGCGAUAGAUGUGAGAAAGCCAGAGUUGCUCGAGGCUGCCGCAGCCCGCUGUGCAAAAGAGCUGGGGAGCAUUGACUUUGUAAUCGCUGGCGCUGCUGGCAAUUUCCUCGCACCUAUGGACCAGAUUUCGGCCAACGCAAUGAAGUCGGUCAUCGAUAUCGACGUGCUAGGUUCUUACAACACUGUGAAGGCAACACUGCCCUACCUCGUCGAAUCUGCCGCCAAACACAAGACAAACGGUCACACACCACCGGCCAGUGGCACCGGUGGUCGCAUAAUCUUCGUUAGCGCCACAUUACACUAUUCUGGAACACCAUUGCAGAGCCAUGUAUCUGUUGCGAAGGCCGGUGUAGAUGCCAUGGCGAUGUCUGUAGCGAUAGAGCAAGGGCCUAAAGGCAUCACCUCGAACGUCAUCGCACCAGGACCUAUCGCAGACACUGAGGGUGUAGCUCGUCUCUCCAAGCAAGAUCACCGUGAUAGAUCGUCCAAAGGAAUCCCGUCCGGACGUUACGGAACGGUGAAGGAGAUUGCCGAUGCCACAGUAUAUCUCUUCUCAGAUGCUGGUAACUAUGUGAAUGGCGCAACGCUAGUUGUUGAUGGCGGCCAAUGGCACACUGCAGGAUUUGCGAACGGGUUCGCAUACCCCGACUUCCUCCUAUCGGGUGAGGUUGUGACGGGCGUUUCUGGCGGCAAGCAGUCGAAAUUGUGAACGUGAAUCAAGAAGUAGAUUCGCCCAUAGGCUGGUGUUGUAUACUAUCAUCUUUGUAACGGCGCCCAUGUUGAUCGUGACCACUGACACUGAUGUUGGACCGCAACGUGCCAGCAGCGCGACCAGUCAACUUCGAAAGGGUCUGUUGAGGUCCUGUUAGCACUUCACGGGUCGCACGCGGCACUUGAACACUGACCCUGGCGGCGUAUAGCUCGUUGUCCUU